AUGUCUUUGGAAAUGGUGUGUAAUUUCCGUAAGUGCAGAAAAUCUUUGAUCAACCAAGCGUGGGUUACUACUUGUUCACACGCAUUUUGUAUUGAACACGGGAAACGAGAAUUCAAAAGGAACGCUGAAAAUUCAUUAACGUGUCCAGCAUGCGGCAGUGAAUUACGUGAUAAAUUCGAUGUAAUUCAAGCAGAUUUGAAACCAAACGAGACUUUUAAAUCAAUAGUUUUAGCAGGAAUGAAGCCAGACACGAUUAUGGAUAUAGCAAUGAGGGCGAUAUCUUUCUGGUCUUAUCAAGUUGAACAAGAAACUCUGUACCAAGAAAGUAUGGCGAAACAUGCCAGAGAAAAACUCCAAUGUUUAGAUGAAAUUAAUAAUCUGAAUUUACAGAAAGUUAAGGCAGAGUUAGAUACAUGCAAACGCAAGAUAGUUUCGUUACAAGAAGAAUUUACUAAAAAGAGGAAGCACGCUGAAGAAUUAACAGCGCGUUUGGAAGAAAAAACGAGGAAAAUACAAAAAUUGACGUUUCAAUUAGACGCGCAAAGGAGAAAGGAUAUCCGAAUUGGUAAUUUUGAAGGUGGUGGCAGGCAAAACAAAGAGAAAUGUUUGGAUAUAUCAGAUCUUGUCGGCAAACGAGCUACGUCUGAAGCAUUCGUGUUUAGGCCGACGAAGGAAACUGAGCAGUCUCACGGAAUAUGCUCACCAAAAACGCCAAUGUUUGAUUUUCGUCACAGAAACAAACAGUCACAUUUUCAGUUUAGACCAAUACAAUCUUAA